CUCGAUCAACGGCGAAUAUCUGAAAAUAUAACUGAAUAUUUUAAAACAUUCCAACAAAGUAGAAUCAUUGGAGGAACAGAAGCACCGAAACACUCUUCUCCAUGGCAAGCUGCCCUUAUUAUCGACAGCCAAGGCUUUUGUGGUGGUUCGCUUAUUUCUAAAAAUUAUGUGCUUACUGCAGGUCACUGCACGUCAGAAGCUGAAUCAAUUCUAGUAAUAUUGGGAGCUCAUAACGUUGAAGAAAUGGAGUCUACCAAACAACUAAUCUGGAGUGCCUCAAUAACCACCCACUCAAAUUAUCGUAACACAUUAAGUGGUCCCGUGAAUGAUAUUGGAGUGGUUCAGUUGUCAACUCCAGCCGUACUCAACUCUUAUGUUAAGGUUGUUCCUCUUGCCAAACAAGACGUCGCCGCUACCUUAUCAGGAUGGGGCAGAACAACAGAUGACUCAUGGUACCUAUCGCCAGUUCUUAUGAGAGUUAACUUGACUACAAUAGGAAAUAUGAUUUGCCAGUUCCAAGUUCUCAGAUUAAAAGCAAUCAUUAGAAAUACCUGUACAUCUGGACGUGGUACAAAAGGGGGCUGCAAUGGAGAUUCUGGUGGUGCUUUAAUCAGUAAUGACGUUCAAAUUGGUAUCGUUUCAUUUGGAGGGUCUGAAUGUGAGAGAGGAAUGCCUUCAGUUUUUACAAGAGUAUCACAAUAUGAAACUUGGAUUGCUCAAAACACAGAUGUUUCUUUAUAGUUUUUAUGAUUACUAUACAUUUGUUUAUUUUAAUAUAAUCGAAAAGUAAUUUUAAUCGUUCAAACAAUUUUGGUCGAUUUAUGUUUGCAGCAGUAACAUCAAUAAACGCAAGUAAUUUUAGGGAAAACAUUGUUUUAUUAUGUAUUAAGAAUUUCGAAAUUAUAAGAAUGAAAAUAAAUAAGGGAAAAUAACAAUGCACUGUUAUAUCUGCAUAAAUAUUUGACGAUGGCAUUAUAUUAGUAUAAAUAUAAGAGUCCAUUUGUCUUUUAACACUAUUCAAAAUGAAAUGUUCAUUGAAAAAUUUAGUACUCCUGGCACUAGCUGUUAUUACAAAAGUCAGUAUUCACAUCAUUUAAUGUUUAAAUG